CAAUCACCUCUUCAAUCAAUCAUCCCUCCAAAAUAUCGAAGAUGCAAUCCAAAAUAAAUUCCUUCUUCAAGCCUUCUUCUUCUUCUUCUUCUUCUUCUAUGUUAACUGAGCGCUCGAAUUCACCCCCACAGUUCUGCGGUGACGAGAACGAUGAAUUAGCCAUCUGGGAGAAGACUCAGCACACCAUUGUCAACACCUACACGCGUAGAGCUUCAGAAUUUGAAAGGAUUGACAAUAAAGAAGAAGCAAGCGAUGAGAAAUCGGAAAAACCCAUUUCAGGGAAUAUGUUAUCAAGGGAAGAAUGCGGUUCAAAUGGGAGAAAUCUGAAGAAGAAGAAGAGAAGUUAUGCACAGUUCCAUUUGGAGUUAGGUCAAUCUAAUUUUCUUCUCCAUGACUGUUCAACUUGUGGGGUCAAGUAUUCUCCAGGGGAUGAAGCUGAUGAAAAGAACCAUACCGUUUUCCAUAAGAAUUUCACUCUUGGGAUUCAAUUCAAGGGAUGGAGAAAUGAGAGGGUUGUUCAUACACCCAAUGGUGAACGUGGUCGAGUCAUUUUGGUUUUGGAUUCUGAUCCUGUUGCUCAGAGGAAUAAGGUGCAAGAAGUUGUGAAGAUGAUGGAGAUGGAGAUGGAGCUUGGUGAGGGCUGGAUUUUUCACAAGCUUUGCAGGGUAUACCUAUUCAUUUUGUCCCAACGGAUUGCUGGAUGUGUAGUUGCAGAAUCAAUAAAGGAAGCUUUUGAAGUCCUCUCGUGUUCGAUCGGUGCAACGACAAAGCAAGCGAGGCCAAAAUCUGGCAAGCUUCGGUUUGGGGACAUUGUUUUACAGAGGGAAGUCAUAAAUAUAGCACCUUCAGAGGUAUCACACGAAAGCCGCAAUGGAGCGAUUCUAUGUAAAAAGGAAGCGAUGAGCGCUGUUUGUGGCAUAAGAGCAAUCUGGGUGACUCCAGACAACAGGAGAAAAGGCAUUGCCACUCAAAUGUUGGAUGCAGUAAGGGAAAGCUUCUGUAGGGGACAUGUUAUUGAAAAAGCUGAAUUGGCCUUUUCUGAACCAAGUUCAGAUGGAGAAGCUUUGGCGGCCAACUAUACAGGCACCACCUCUUUCUCGGUGUAUAAAACUGGUAAUUUGUGCGGCUAGAUCAUGUCAAUUUCAUUGUUUUAAGGGACAAAAUCAGACAAAAAAAAGCAUUUUCUCGUCGGAAUCCAUCAC